GUGCUACAGCUGACAACGCUGACGUAUCAAAUGUCAAUGUCAAUCGUUCAUUUCGUUUGCGUGGUUUUCGUGAAAAUUGCACGUUUUGCUUCUAUCAGAAAUCCGUGUUAUAAUCGGUGAAUAUUUCAGUAAAGUUAGUGUCACCGGCCCGGUGUUGCAAAAUGGCUUCCGAGGACCGGAGGACACUUGGCAAGUUGGCAGCCUGGCUAGAGGGGGGGCUCGAGGGCUUUGGCUGGUCGGACGAGACAAGGGACCACCAUAAUCAUCACCAUUUGAUCUGGGGGGACAAGGUGGAUAGCCAGCCCCCUAGGCCUUUGGUCCCCCUCUCUCCUCCAGCUCUGUUGACUUGUGAACGAUGACUAAAAGUUGGGUUCGUUUUCUUCUGCUAACCAGGUGUCUCGAUAAUUAAAGGUUCGUCGGUGUGGAGCUGCUAUUGUAGGAGCGGCUACUGGAAAGGUAUCACUCCAAGACAUUGAAUUUAUGCUGCAAAUACCAUCAAAACACAGUUGGAACUCUAAGCUGAAAACGCUUCCCGGCCACGGUCUAUAUUUAUGCAAUAUAGAAUAUUAAGUACUACACGUUUUAGUAGCCAAUUUGGAUUCAAGUUCAAAGAAUUGUGAAUAUUAGAUUCGAUUAGACUUACAAAUUUUAAGCCAGAUUACAUUUUUGUAUUCCAUUUUAUUUUGUGCACUAAGAAAAUAUGGUUGGUUCACGCGUAUAUAUUGGCGGCCUUCCAUACGGGACCUCUGAACGCGAUUUGGAGCGCUUCUUCAGAGGCUACGGUCGCAUGCGCGAUGUCCUGAUCAAGUCUGGAUAUGGUUUUGUGGAAUUCGACGAUUAUAGGGACGCCGACGAUGCGGUUUACGAAUUGAACGGGAAAAGACUACUUGGCGAAAGAGUAACUAUAGAAAUAGCAAGAGGUACACCUCGCGGAAGGGAUCAGUGGGGUGGCAGUUCGGGAGGAAGAGGCGGACGGGAUAGGGAAAGGGGGGGAGGAAGAGGUAAAUACGGUCCUCCCACUCACACCGGUUACAGAAUAAUCGUAGAAAAUUUGUCUAGCAGAGUUUCUUGGCAAGACCUUAAAGAUUACAUGCGACAAGCCGGCGAGGUGACCUACGCCGAUGCCCAUAAACGCAAAAGCGAGGGCAUCGUCGAGUUCGCUAGUCAUAGCGACAUGAAGAACGCAGUCGAAAAACUGGACGGUACCGAACUGAACGGCCGCCGUAUUAAAGUGUUCGAAGAUAAAUCAGCCCGACGAUCCAGAAGGAACUCCCGGUCCAGUUCCAGAAGCAAGUCGCGUUCCCGCUCGGCCAGCAAGUCCAAGAGCCGUAGCCGCUCCAGAAGCAAAUCCGAGACUCGCAGGAGGUCCAAGAGCGCCGACGAUAAAGCCUCCAGGUCCAGAAGUCGCAGCCGUUCCGCCAAACGGUCCAGAUCCAGGUCGGCAUCGAAGGAGGCGAAGAGAUCGCGCGUCGAUCGUUCCAGAUCAAAAUCGAACCAAUCGAAAUCGCGGUCCAGGUCUAAGGAGGCGGAUCGUAAAGAUAGAGAGAACGGACGCGACGACAGGUCCAGGUCUCCGGCAGGCCGUUCUCGUUCCAGAUCGAAGGACGGCGGGCGUCGUGAUCGGUCCAAAUCUGCUUCGAGAGAGCGCGAAUCCAGAUCCGGUUCCAGGGAACGCAGAUCCAGGUCGGCGUCCAGAGACCGUUCGAACUCCCGCGAGUCCUUGAAGAAAACGUCGAAAAGCAAAAGCAGAUCUAGGUCAAAGAGUAACUGAUAUCGC